AUGCCUAGCUUCUCAUAUGGGUCUUUGUGUAAUCUCGUUUCAAAAACAGGGACAAGCAAACACGAUAUUAUUGGAAUAGAAAGUGUAGCAGAUAGCAGCGGUGAUGUAUCAUCGGGAAAAAGAGAUGGAACUUGUGUUGCUUGUGAGACAAUGGUUUUGCGGAUGCAAAACCAGUGUGAACAGAAUAUGACACGAGAGCACAUUUUAAGAUAUGUUAAUGAUCUCUCCGAUCAAUUUGCUGACACAAUCGGAGACUCGGAUAUUGAUUGUGGAAAGGUUGCAUCGAUGCCUAAUAUUUCGUUUACACUUGGUGGCAAAGAUUUUGUUCUUACACCACAGGAGUACCUUAUUAAAGAUGGUGAGGGUGAUGGUACACGCUGUGUUAGCGGUUUCAUGUCGUUGGACAUUCCUACUUCUGAUGGCCUUCUAUGUUUUUCAACACAAAGCCCUCGUUAA